AGGAUUCAAUAAAACACAGCAAAAAUGGAAGGGAUCAAUGUUUUCUGAUGAAUGUGCAACAUUUCUUUAAUCCAUUUUCUUUCAUAAGUGAAUGGUUCGUUAACCACAUAACCGCAAUUUCUUAUGAAUUGUGAUUAUCUUAUUUCAACCCAGUGGCUUAAAACGACUUGCAAUGUAAAUUGUAUUAUUAUUUUUUGUCUUUCUCGUUGCGUAAAUCUAUACGUAGUUUAUGGACGAAUGCAGGACCGAUUAGCAGCGCUUUGCAAGUUUUGGAUUGACCCGAUACACAAGUAAUAUACCUGAUGCCUUUCCAUUGCUGCAAGAAUCGUAGUAAACGUUUUGGACUGGUUGUUCCAUGCUCUCUCCUACUCUUUGCACAGUCGGGUCGUUGUCCCCGUAGGUAACACCAACCGACAGGACACUUACAUCUAAACACGAUCUGUGAGCAGUUCUAUCCUAGACCUGGCUCGUUUGAUUAAUAAAAGCACGUGGUACAGACGGGGGGAAUUCUCAAUUCCCUAGUGGCAUCCUCACCCCUCGUUCCUUUCUCACAACCCAUUGAAUGAGAAGCUCCUAGUGGAGGGACUUGUGGACUUCGCAUUCAACGAUCUUUGAGAAGAAGACAAGGAGAGCUGGAGAGAGGACGUUGUUGUUAUUGAAGCUACUGUCUACCAGCUUGGACAUCAGUGACCACCUGUCAUUUCUACACAGGGAGAGGUAGACCAGGCUGUCAGGUGGACCAAGCAGAACGUACUGAUAAGGUUCUGAGCCCAUUGGAAAAUUAUACUAUUUGAUUUACGUUACAGAAUCAGAUGACUCUGUCCUUUUUGGACCGAGUCCCACGAGGCUUUUAGUGCAAAUUGCAUAUACAUUGGUUUUGUUGGAUUUUGGAAUCAUCAAAUUGACAAGCCAGGAUGCCUACUGGAUCAGUAAAAUUACACAGCAUCAAAAAGCUGGGUGAAGAAAACAGUAGCUUUGCCAAUGAAGAACCUAAUGGUGCUUACAUGACGAUGGUUGACACGAAAAAAGACAAAUCAUAUUCGAAGAAGAAAGAACCUGCAAUCAGGAUUGGCUUUUUUCAACUGUUCCGUUUCGCUUCCUGCCAGGAGACCCUGAUGAUGAUUCUGGGCAGCUUGUGUGCCGUGUUGCACGGUUCCGCCCAGCCUCUCAUGCUGCUCGUGUUCGGAAUGCUCACCGACACCUUCAUUGAAUACGACAUCGAGUUACAGGAACUCCUGGACCCCAGGAAGGAAUGCGUGAACAACACCAUUCAGUGGAAGAACCGGUCAGAGGCGGACUGGCUGGACAGUAACAAGACUGAUGAGAUGAGGAAUGUAACCUGUGGGCUUCUGGACAUUGAGUAUGAAAUGACGAAUUUUGCCUACUAUUACGUUGCUAUUGGAUUAGCAGUUUUCUUGCUAGGAUACUUUCAAAUCUCACUGUGGGUGAAAUCGGCAGCUAGACAGGUCAAGAUCAUAAGGAAAAUGUACUUCAGAAAAGUGAUGAGGAUGGAGAUCGGAUGGUUUGACUGCAAUUCGACUGGGGAGUUGAACACUCGCAUGUCUGACGACAUCAACAAGAUCAACGACGCCAUCGCGGAUCAAGUGGGCAUCUUCAUCCAGCGCUUCACCACCUUCGUGUGUGGUUUUGCGAUAGGCUUUGUGAAGGGAUGGAAGCUGACGCUCGUCAUCACCGCGGCCAGCCCCCUCAUCGGAAUAGGGGCCGCCCUCAUGGCUCUGUUUGUGGCCAAGCUGACGGGCCGGGAGCUGCUGGCUUACGCAGAGGCAGGAGGUGUGGCCGACGAGGUGCUCACCUCCAUCAGAACGGUGGCGGCAUUCGGUGGGCAGCAGAAGGAAGUUGAAAGGUACGACAGGAAUCUGAUCUGGGCGCAGCGAUGGGGCAUUCGUAAGGGCCUGAUCAUGGGCUUCUUCACGGGGUUCAUGUGGCUCGUCAUCUUCCUGUGCUACUCCCUGGCCUUCUGGUACGGGUCCAGCCUGGUGGUGGACGCGCAUGAGUACACCCCCGGGACCCUGCUGCAGGUGUUUUUCGGCGUGCUGAUCGCAGCCAUGAACCUGGGUCAGGCGUCGUCGUGCCUGGAGGCCUUCGCCGCGGGGAGAGGAGCAGCCACCAUCAUCUUCGAGACCAUUGACAGGGAACCGGAGAUCGACUGUCUCUCAGAAGCAGGGUACAGACUGGACAAGGUCAAAGGGGACAUUGAGUUCCAUAACAUCACCUUCCGCUACCCAUCCAGACCCGAUGUGGUGAUUCUGGACCAGCUGAGUGUAGCUGUGAAGUCUGGCGAGACGACUGCCUUCGUGGGGCCCAGUGGAGCUGGGAAGAGUACCGCCGUGCAGCUUAUCCAACGCUUUUACGACCCCAACGAGGGCAUGGUGACUUUGGAUGGCCACGACAUCAGAGGGCUGAACAUCCAAUGGCUGCGUUCGCUGAUAGGCAUCGUGGAACAGGAACCGGUGCUGUUUGCCACAACCAUCGCUGAGAACAUCCGGUACGGUCGCCCUGGUGUCACCAUGGAUGACAUCAUCGACGCCACCAAGGAGGCUAAUGCCUACAACUUCAUCAUGGACCUGCCACAGAAAUUUGACACGCUUGUGGGCGAAGGUGGAGGUCAGAUGAGCGGCGGUCAGAAGCAGCGCAUCGCUAUCUCCCGUGCUUUGGUGAGGAACCCUCGGAUCCUCCUGCUGGACAUGGCGACCUCGGCCCUGGACAACGAGAGUGAGGCGGUGGUGCAGGACGCUCUUGACAAGGUACGAAUGGGACGCACCACCAUCUCCAUUGCCCAUCGCCUGUCCACCAUUAAGAACGCAGACGUGAUCGUGGGCUUUGAGCAUGGCCGGGCUGUGGAGAGGGGCAGGCAUGACGAGCUGUUGGAGAGGCAGGGUGUCUACUUCACCCUGGUCACCCUGCAGAGCCAAGGAGACAAGGCCCUCAACCAGAUGGCGAGCAAUGAGGGGACGAGUCUCUCCCGUGCCGAGAGCUACAGGGCCAGUCUGAGGGCCUCGAUCAGGAGGAGGACGCGCUCACAGCUCUCCAACCUCAUCCCAGAUGCCAAAUCCUUCAUAUCUCAGGCAAACACAGAGAAGAGUGCCUAUGUGGAAGAGGAGCAGGUGGAGGAGUGCAUUGAGCCUGCUCCGGUGACCAGGAUCCUGAAGUUCAAUGCCCCCGAGUGGCCCUACAUGCUGUUUGGAACCGUCGGAGCAGCAAUCAACGGAGGGGUGAACCCAAUGUACUCCCUGCUCUUCAGUCAAAUACUGGCGACAUUCUCUAUACCGGACCCAGAGGUCCAAAGAAAGGAGAUUGACGGUAUCUGUGUGUUCUUUGUGCUGGUCGGGGUGAUUUCUUUCAUGACCCAGAUGCUCCAGGGCUACGCCUUCUCUAAGUCCGGGGAACUGCUGACGCGGCGCUUGAGGAGGAUGGGUUUCCAGGCUAUGCUGGGCCAGGAGGUGGGCUGGUUCGACGACCACAGGAACAGCCCCGGGGCUCUGACUACUCGGCUGGCCACCGACGCCUCCCAGGUCCAAGGGGCAACGGGUUCUCAGAUUGGCAUGAUCGUCAACUCCAUAACCAACAUCGGAGUGGCCAUCAUCAUAUCAUUUUACUUCAGCUGGAAGCUCAGCCUGGUCAUCAUGUGCUUCCUGCCUUUCCUGGCUCUGUCCGGAGGCUUCCAGGCUAAGAUGCUUACCGGCUUCGCCAAGCAGGACAAAGAGGCCAUGGAAGCCGCGGGGCAGAUUUCCAGUGAGGCCCUGAACAACAUUCGGACCAUUGCAGGGCUGGGGAAGGAGCAGAGCUUUGUGGAGAUGUUUGAAACGCAUCUUGAGGCACCGUACCGGGCUGCCAAGAAGAAGGCCAACGUGUACGGCGCCUGCUACGGAUUCUCCCAGUGUAUCGUCUUCCUGGCCAACAGUGCCUCCUACAGGUUUGGAGGGUACCUGGUGAGCCAAGAGGGCCUCCACUUCAGCCUCGUCUUUAGGGUGAUCUCAGCGAUAGUGACCAGUGGCACGGCGUUGGGUAGAGCCUCCUCCUACACCCCGGACUACGCCAAGGCCAAGAUCUCAGCCGCCCGCUUUUUCCAACUCCUCGACCGCGUCCCAAAGAUCAGCGUCUACAGCAACAAGGGGGACACAUGGUCGGAUUUCAGGGGAAAUCUGCAGUUUGUCGACUGUAAAUUUACAUACCCGACGCGGCCGGACAUCCAGGUGUUGAACGGCCUCAAUGUGUCGGUGAAGCCCGGCCAGACCCUGGCCUUUGUGGGCAGCAGCGGAUGUGGGAAGAGCACCAGCAUCCAGCUCCUGGAGAGGUUCUAUGACCCGGACCAGGGCAGCCUGGUCAUCGACGGCCACGAGUCGACGCAGGUCAACGUGGCUUUCCUGCGCUCCAAGAUCGGCAUCGUGUCCCAGGAGCCCGUUCUGUUUGACUGCAGCAUUGGAGACAACAUCAAGUAUGGAGACAACCAGCGUGACGUUAGCAUGAGUGACGUCGUAUCCGCCUCCAAGAAAGCCCAACUCCACGACUUCGUCAUGACAUUACCGGAGAAAUAUGACACCAACGUGGGAUCUCAGGGCUCGCAGCUCUCUCGGGGACAGAAGCAGCGCAUCGCCAUCGCCAGGGCAAUAAUCCGCGACCCCAAGAUCCUCCUACUGGACGAGGCCACUUCUGCCCUGGACACGGAAAGUGAAAAGACUGUGCAAGAGGCGCUGGAUAAAGCGCGUGAGGGGCGCACGUGCAUCGUCAUCGCCCAUCGCCUCUCCACCAUCCAGAAUGCCGACAUCAUCGCCGUCAUGUCCAGGGGCUUCGUCAUCGAACAGGGGCGACAUGACCAGCUCAUGGCCCUCAAAGGGGCCUAUUACAAACUCGUCACCACAGGUGCACCAAUCAGCUGACUUCUCCGGGCUGACGCAGACAACCCAGGAAAUUGCUUUUCUGGUCAUUAUACUGUGUAUUAUAGUAUUUAUUUUUCAAAGGAGGCUCCCUGUCAAAUGUCACACAUUUUGUUGUUUUAAUUAGCUGAGGCAUAAUGUUGUACCUUCUUUUGUUGUUGUAGCGUUCAAACAGAAUGAGGAAUGCUAUGCAUUCACUAAGCAUUUAAUGUAUACUGUGAAGGGUCAAAGGAACAAAUUACACAAGCAAGAGUCCUUUUGUUACUGUAUAAUUUUUACACUUAGAUGUAUUAUAUAUACUCAUUGAUUCUUGAAAAAAAACUAGGUAGCGUAAAUGGAAAACUUCAAUUAGAUCCACCAAACAAUAAUCAGAAAAGGUGUUUUUUUUUAUUCUCGCUUUUCUGGGGUUCAUUGACAUUUUAAUAACUAACAGAACAAUGCGCAGACAGCUUCCAAAGCCAUCACUCCCACGACCGGCAAUAAAGAGCCAUGCAGGUAUUCAGGAUAUGUUCAGUUUUUGACGCCACAUAGUUUACACGUUAAGUUAGCUAGCACUGCAGCUAGCUACACCUGAGACACCAGUUAGGGCCAACAGUGGAAAACCUAAACCUUAUCGGGGUGAAAUAGUUCUUCUGCAGCUAACGCAGCAAGUACCAUGGUAUAGGUAAGACAACAGAUGCUGCUCCUUGAUAUUGUUUGGGACUGACGUUUGCCUGCCCGGUUAGCUGUGCAGGGACUGUCACUCCCAGACCCACAGGUAAGGACGUCUGUGGAAACGGGAGGGAGGAACAGCGAAAUGAGAUGAAUGGAUUACGGCUACGCUAACGGGGAAUAUCCACCGAUCACCCGUUAUUGUUGUCUUUUGUGGAAUGUGUGAACGAUAAUGAACCUGAUACAGUCAUUAAACAAACAUGACAAAACCA